ACAAAAAGCACAACAGGGGAAUACAUAUUUCCAAAUCUAAAAGAUUUAGAUUAUUAUCAUUAAAAUUGCCUGGCAACCAGUCUCACGAGAACGCAAUACAUGGAAUUGAGGGUCGCUGCCACUCCCUAUGCUUUCACGUGCAUCUCUUCCUCAGAUGCAUUUCUUCAUCAUGUGUCGAAACCAGCGGAUUUUAUUCAGCGCAGUUCUCUUCAUGGCAUUCUUCCUGUUUGCCGUUUAUUACAUAAAAAACGAUUUCUGGAGUGAAACAUCUAGGCAGAUACUCGGCUUCUCCAAAGCCACAAGUUGCAACAGCGAACCAGAGACCCAAAGUCACCCCAAACCAAAUAUAGGGCCGUUCCCUAAUGACAAUUCUAUGUCCUGUACCUGCCAAAACACUGAGCCAGCAAACCGUUAUGUGUCCAAGGAUGAACUAGAAGAUCUUCAGAAACAUCGAGCAGAAGAAUACAGACAACACCAGAUCAGGAUGGGUAAACAAAAUGAUGUUCUUGUUCUUGCCCCUGCCAAUACUCCGCUCCAGUAUCCCAUCAGAGGAUUCAGAGUCACUCCAUUAAAUAAAACGCUCAUUCCUGGUCUAGCUCUGCAAACACAAAACCGAACAAUUCACAAGGUGUCACUGAAGGUACAGAAAGGUCUGCUGUCUGUAACAAAUGUUAAGGAGGAUGAGAUUGUUUUUGGCCAGAAUGAGGGAUUUCUGAGAAUAACAUCCGACAGCCUUGAACAGAUCAAUGACCUGCUGAGCAGAGUGACCUACACCAGCACCAUCUACCACAUCAAGACUGAAGAUCUUGCUUACUUCUCUUAUGAGAACCAUGAGGUCAUAUUCCCCAUUGAGAUCAGUCGUCUAUCAGUUCCUAUUCUUUAUAACCCAGGGAAAGAUAUAAACUCUCAGGUGACUGUACUGGUUAAGGCAUUCUUGAGAUAUGAAGAAUUAAAUGUUCUCAUCCAGAGUGUUCGUGUGAACUACCCAAACAUAAAGAUCAUUGUUGCAGAUGACAGUCUUAACCCAGAAAAGGUUGUUGGUGAUAAUAUUGAGCAAUACAUUAUGCCUCCAGCACAGGGCUGGUUUGCUGGCAGAAAUCUGGCAGUGUCACAAGUCACAACCAAAUACUUCUUAUGGGUGGAUGAUGAUUUUCUGUUUCUGAACGAGACGCGUAUAGAGAGAUUUUUGGAGAUUAUGGAAGCCGUUCCUGAAUUAGAUGUGGUCGGUGGUGAAGUUGAGGGAAAUAGUUUUUCCUUUAAAUUGCACUAUGAAGAAGGAAACAGCGAGGAAGGCGGCUGCAUCACGCGUAUCAGAGGUACUUACGCACCCCUGCCGGGAUUUAAUGGAUGCUUCUACGCCGACGGAGUUGUCAACUUCUUUUUGGCCCGUACGGAUGCUGUGCGAAAAGUGGGUUUUGACCCGUUUCUGAAACGGGUGGCUCACACUGAAUUCUUUGUUGAUGGACUGGGAGAUUUGUUAGUCGUCACCUGCAAAGGUCUUAAGAUCGGCCAUCAAGUACGCAAGAACAAAGGCGAUUAUAACAGCUACAGAUAUCCGGGAAAAAAUGACGAACAAAGAAAAACAAGUCACCAUUUUUUCAAGAAUCAUCUAAAAUGCAUCAAGUAUUAAGGAGCAUCACAGCACCCAUACAGCAAUUUUUAAAGCAACAUUAUUUAACAUUAUUAAAACAUUAUUUUACAAAUUUUUUAACGUACACUGAAAAAAAAUGUGAUCAGUAAGUCAUAUCAACAUGUUUCACAGUACUUAUCAAAUUAAGCAGUUUUAACUUUUAAA